AGGAGCGCACCAGUUUAACGGAGCAUCAGCACUGGAGAUGCACGCCGGCUGAAAGCGCAGCUGCUCACUCUGAGAACACGGGCGUCUUCCACAAGUAGACUUCCACUGGAGAGACACCCAGACGAAAUGUCCUUCAGCUCUCCAACUGCAACUUGAUUUUUCCUGCAAUGUGUUUGCAUUUGGAUUAAGUUUCCACGUCAGUUGGAGGGACGCAGUCGGUGCGAGGAAACAUGAGGAUAACUGUCGGAUCCCGUGGAUGAUGAGGUCCCACAAUGAACGCAGAUUUUCAAAAUCCACUGCAAGUCCCCCAGCCAAAGGUCCGCAGUCAUCUGACCAUCAAAGUACAGUCCAAGCUGAUGUCCAGGCCGUGUCCCCGUGUCCCUUGUCCAAAACCUCCUAUCGCCCCCAAGCCAAGACCCCUGUAUGUGCCUCACUCACAGGGGGAGUCCUGUCGCCCACAGAGCCUCAGUAACGGAGACCUGGCUCACUCUGAUGGGGAGACUGAAGAUCUCCAUGAGAUGGCUGAGGAGAAUCAGGACAAAGAGGAGAAAAGUGAGGCUAAUGACAAUGGCACAGGAGACAAUGACAAAGAGGACAUAGCAGAAGAAGAAACUGAGGAUGAAACAGAAAAAAAAGACAUAUUAGAUAAUGAUUGCGACAUAGACAGCAUUGGCUCUGAGGACACAGUUAAGGGAGAGGAGGGUUCUACUGCUGAGACUACUGAAGAUGAAAACACUGACAAUGACUUGAACCAGCCUGAAGGUGGCAAUCACACAGAUGAUGAGAACACAUCAACACCUUCUCUUCUUCUCACUGAAACAGAGGAUGAAGCAGGAGAGGAGAAGGAAGAGGAGCAGCAGAGUUUUAGUGAAGAGACUGAAAUACCCUGUAAUUCUACAGGACACUCUCAUGAAAAUGUAGAUGUGGAAAACCUCGAUCAAAAAACACAGUUACUCAGUCAGGGUGAUAAGGACAAUGAGACUGGACUUAAUGAAGCAGACAGUGACCAAAGUGAAGACUGUUUGCGCAGUGAAUUACUCACAGACAACACUGAGCUGGAAGCUGGAGGAUUUGCUUUUGGAUUCAGCGUGCUUCCAACUGUAACUGAGGAGUAUCCCUACGAUGUGAUUGGCCCCACUGAUGAUGCCAGUGAUACAUGUGAGUCAUGUGACCCAGCUGAAACAGGGGAUACAGAGGUAUGGCAACCGGAGCGUGCAACCAAGGACCCCACCGGCUGUUUUCGAUUCACAUCCAGCACUGAGGAUGUGUUUGGGCCUUACUCGGUCAUAGAGGCUGUUCCAGGAGAUGUGACCGACACCGCUGACCCCGAGUGGAGUCAGGAUGAUGUUGAUGACAAACCUUCAGAUGAACUGCAAACGGGUGCUUCUAACCAGGAACCAUACUAUGUGUCAUCAGAUGAUGUGGACAAGCUAGAGGAUAAGCAAGCUCUCUCAGAACAAGGUGAGACUGAGGAAGGCUCAGAGCAGUCAGAUCAGCACAAAGACAAAGCAAAGGACUGCGAGUCAGCAGAUGAGUAUGCAGACAUUGAUGAUUCACUCUGUCCAAAAGCAGAUGACUUCGGGCAGCUGGAGUGUGUCUCCUCAGAGGAUUAUGUCGAGAUCGGUGAUGAGGAUGAAGAGGAGCAAACGGAAAAGAAACAUGUCAAAGGAAAAAGUGCAAAAGAGAGAACAGCUAAACGAGAGCAGGCCUUCCACAGCCAGAGAAGAAGCUGUCAGCCUCGCCUCAGGUUGUGCAACAUUACAGUGCCAGCAGACCUAGACCUGGGCCGCACCCCAGAGCUCACCAACAGAGUGGUGUUCGCCCACACCACUGAGGCCUUUGAAGAAGACAUUGAAGAACUGGACUGCCAUAUUGUGCCUUACUAUGAUGAUACAGACUCCGACAGCGAUGAGCAUAUUUACGAAGAGGCGGGGUUUGACUCAGAAGGAGAGAACUUUGUAACACUGGAUAGGAAGACUAUUGUCACACGGUCACGCUCUUAUUCUGGGAAAGUUCCAGGUUAUGUCCCAGAAACUGUACCAGAAGAGACAGGGACAGAGUACCUGACUCAUGACUACUGCACAGUGGCCUUGGAUAAGAACAGUGAACCGCUCAGCCAUUCACAGCAACCUGAAGUCAAAUCUUUGAUCCCGUCUGUGAAGUCUCGCCGCUUCUUAUUAUACUCCCGCUCUGCAGAGGGUCCAGAAUUGUCCUUGAGCUCCCCAACAGAGAUCAGCCAAUCUCUGAGGGAUGAGAUCAGGAUUAAGAGGAAAGAUGAUAACCUUUCCCUGCCAUGUGUCAUAACCUCCUCUGGAAGCUUCUCCCAGCGUAGCCAUCAAUCGUCCAGUGGUGUUUCCACACCAACCUCUCUAGUAGACAUCCCACCGCCCUUUGAGCUGGCAUACAUCACUAAAAGGCCCGUCACCAAGAGCUCCCCGUCCCUCCUGAUCCAGCACGAACCCAGUGACAUAUCCAAGAAGAAGAAGUCCUCCUUUAAACGUUUUCUGGCGCUCAAGUUCAAGAAGAAGGCAGAUUCGAAGGGUUUCAGUGAUGGAAGUGUCCGUUCUUCACGUUCUUCCUCCGAGUCCAGCCACCAUGGCCCCGUAAGGGUCAUAGAGCUUGAUCGUAGGAGCACCGGCAGCUCUCCUCAGCUCCAGUCCCGCUUGGUGAACCCCCAGCAGCGUCAUUCAGACCUUCCAUCCACCUUUGUCCUCUACAAUGACCACCAGAGGAGGAAAUGUGACCUCAAAGCUUACGGCAGGGGCGUCUCCAGAGUGGAGUCCUUUGAGGAGCGUUCUCGCCGUUCUGUCAUGCCACUGCCUCUGACCAAACCCCGCUCCAUCUCCUUCCCCAGUGCAGACACCUCAGACUAUGAAAACAUCCCAGCCAUGAGCUCAGACUAUGAGAACAUCCAAAUCCCAGGCAGGCCCACCAGAUCUCACACUGUGACUGAGUUUUUUGAGGAUCCAAACCGCUCAACAGUUGCCUGCAAUGAGAAUGAUGGCUAUGUGGAUAUGAACAGUUUCCCUGGGAUUGACAGCAGACCCCAGACAUCGAAAGCAGACUCUGAAAGUGCCUACACCGAGCCUUUCCCAAUGAACCCCGUCUCUGCUGGGCUGUCGGCAGACGAGGACCACGGCCGUACCUCAGAGGAAGAAGAAGGGGUGGCGGACCAGAGCUACGACCGACAGAUUGAUGGCCGAUCCCGAGCGUUCUACGUCGCCAAAGAGCUCGUUGACUCCGAGAGACUACACGUCAGCUCCAUCAAGUACCUUCAAGAGGACUUUAGGUCAGCGGUGGUUGAAGCAGUGGGUGAGGAAGGGGAGCCAGUGCUAGAAGAGCAGAGGCUGGGGGAGAUACUGGGCGUGCUCCCCCAGGUCUACACCCUCCACAGCAGCAUCCUCACUGAGCUGGAGGAGCGCAUUAGUCAGUGGGAGGAGAGCCAAAGGGUGGUGGAUGUGAUUCUGUCUCGUCGAAAGGACUUUGGUGUGUUUGACACCUACAUCUCAGAGUAUGAUCGCAGCAUGUCCUUACUGGAGGAAAGCUGCAGGAACAACCCAGCCUUCGCCAGCAUCGUCAAGAAAUUUGAGACACGGGGCCCGGAAGAAGCUGAAGUCCCGCUCAAACACCAGCUGCUGCAGGUCAUAGUGAGAGUACUUCAGUAUCGAAUGCUACUCACAGAUUACCUGAACAACCUCUCUCCUGACUCUAAAGAAUACGAGGACACACAAGCUGCCUUGGUGAUCGUGUCGGAGGUGGCAGACCAGGCCAAUGACAAUCUGAAACAGGGGGAGAACUUGCUGCGUCUGGUCCACAUAGAGUACAGUGUGAAAGGCAAGAGGGACCUGCUGAAGCCCGGAAGGAUGUUUGUCAAAGAGGGCACACUCAUGAAGGUCUCGAGGAAAAGCAGGCAGCCACGACACCUGUUUCUGAUGAAUGAUAUCAUGCUGUACACCUACCCUCAGCAGGAUGGGAAAUACAGGCUUAAGAACACUCUAUCUCUGUCUGGAAUGAAGGUUAGCAAACCCACACUAGACAACGUGCUGAACUGUCUGAAAAUUGAGGUGUCUGACAUCACCAUUACUCUCUCUGCCAGUUCGGUUGGAGAGAGGGAGGACUGGUUCCACACACUGAGUCGAGCCAUAGCAGACCAUGCUGCGGGGCUCUGUACGUUUGGCGGACCCUGCAGUGAGGCACGUGAGAAGUUGUGGAUGGCCCUGGGUGAGGCUGCUCCUGUACUGGUGCCAGUUUCUCAUGUGAUGAUGUGCAUGAACUGUACUUCUGACUUCAGCCUCACACUGAGACGACACCACUGCAAUGCCUGUGGAAAGGUGGUAUGCCGCGCUUGUUCCAGGAACAGAUACCCACUGAAGUACCUCAAAGACAGAGUGGCCAAAGUGUGUGACCACUGCUAUGCUGAGCUCAGGAAAAGAGGUGGAAGCGUGUCGGGGGCAUGCGGUAGCUCCAGCCCUCGGACUCACCGGGCCAGUCGUCCCCUCUCUGCUGUCUUCCAGAGCCUGCAGCCCCCAAGUUUGUGGAAGAGCAGGAAGAGCACCUCCCCUCUCAAUCAGGUGUCGCUUGGCGUGGAGGGCUCCACGAUGAGCGGCAGCCUGCAGCGCCGAAAGAAGAGCAAGAGGAAGUGGAAGCGGCUGUGGUUCCUCCUCAAAGACAAGGUGCUCUACACCUUCACAGCCCGUGAGGAUAAAGUGGCUUCAGAGAGUCUACCUCUGCAGGGCUUCACCGUCAAGCUGACUGAGAGGCCAGAGGGAGAGGAAAGCAGCAACGUGUUCCAUCUCUACCACAAGAAAACGCUCUACUAUACCUUCAGGGCCGAUGAUCAACACACUGCACGCAGAUGGGUAAAUGCCAUGGAGGAGGCUACCGUUUUAUAGCACCUGCUCAGUUAAAUGAACACGCCCUGCUGUCUGUGACUGCUAAAACUCCUCUGUGGAACGCAACAUAGCUACCUGCUGCAUCUGAACUCAGACCAUCAGCAAUGAUUCAUCAUGUUGGGCCUGUUGUGGAAUAUUACAUGUCAGUAUAAUCACCAGUGGCAUCUUAGACAAGGCUGCCACCCAGUGGUGGGAAGGUAAAAGUGGGGAGCGUCAGAGGGGAUGCUACCAUGUGGAGCUGUCGUUGGAGUGUGAUUUAACAUAAGAAAACUCUCAGAGUUCACGGGAGCAGCUUGGACACAUCAACUGUUUCAUCUAAGAGUCUAAGAAAUUUUUAUUCCCUCUAUUUCUCCCUU